AUGACCUCUCAACUGCAAGUCUUCUCGCCUCCCUCCAUCUCCUCCAGUGCCUUUUGCCGAGUUAAGAAGCUCAAGGUGGAGAACAAUGUUUGGGACGUGUCCACUACUGAAGCAUACAGCUCCCUAGCGGGCCAGUCGGCGUAUACCUUCACCCCAGCCAUGGCCGUCCCUCCCUUUGCGCCAUCCUUGGUCUUUCCCCCAACAGCGCCCGGAUCUCGCGGUCAAGUGGUGGUUCGGGCAGCUGAUAGCACCGGUAGUCUUCCUCGGGGUUCCAGUCGGCGCAUCGCCGAGCACGCGACGUCGUCCUCCUACGCUCACGUGGAGACUGCCUCGGAAACAAGAGGACACCGACACGGGCACAAGAGAAAGAUGGAGGAGACCAAUGAGGGCAGCGGCAGUGGCUGUGGCAGUGUGCAAAUUCUGGAGGAGCUUUCCGCACCUGCGGCGACAUUCUCUACACGUACGGGCGGGGGCGGAGGAGGCGGCACGGGCCAAUCCAUACCUCACUCGGCACCAACCACCAAAAGUAGUAGCUCCAACGGUGAAGGUGACUAUCAGCUGGUUCAGCACGAGAUCCUCUGCUCGGUGUCCUGCAGCUACGAAGUGUUGGAGUUUUUAGGGAGGGGCACAUUUGGACAAGUGGCCAAGUGCUGGAAGAGGGGUACCAAUGAGAUUGUGGCCAUUAAGAUACUAAAGAACCAUCCUUCAUAUGCUCGCCAGGGACAAAUUGAGGUGGGCAUCCUUAACAGGCUGAGUGCAGAGAAUGCGGACGAGUACAACUUUGUGCGCUCCUACGAGUGCUUCCAGCACAAGGGUCAUACUUGCUUGGUGUUCGAAAUGCUCGAACAGAACUUGUAUGACUUUCUUAAGCACAGCAAGUUUAGCCCACUGCCUCUACGGCACAUCAGACCAAUUCUACAACAGGUGGCCACGGCACUGAUGAAGCUCAAGAGCCUGGGACUAAUUCAUGCUGAUCUGAAGCCUGAGAAUAUUAUGCUGGUGGACCCCCUCAGGCAGCCGUACAGGGUAAAGGUCAUUGACUUUGGAUCUGCAAGCCACGUUUCCAAGGCUGUGUGCUCAACGUACUUGCAGUCUCGCUACUACAGGGCUCCAGAGAUCAUUUUAGGUCUGCCUUUCUGUGAGGCUAUUGACAUGUGGUCUCUGGGCUGUGUGAUUGCUGAGCUUUUUCUGGGUUGGCCUCUUUACCCCGGAGCCUCCGAGUACGAUCAAAUCCGCUAUAUUUCUCAGACUCAAGGCCUGCCGGCUGAGUACCUACUGAGUGCAGGCACGAAAACCAGUCGCUUUUUCAAUCGAGGGCCAGACGCUAGCUACCCACUUUGGAGGCUGAAGACACCAUCCGAACAUGAAAUGGAAAUGGGCAUCAAAUCCAAAGAAGCUAGAAAAUACAUCUUCAACUGUUUGGAUGACAUGAUGCAGGUCAACCUAUCGUCUCAUUUGGAGGGGACUGACAUGUUGGCUGAGAAAGCUGAUAGAAGAGAGUUUAUAGACCUCCUGAAGAGGAUGCUCCGCCUGGACGCUGACAAGCGGAUCACCCCUACAAAGACUCUGGGUCACCCUUUUGUCACAAUGAGCCACCUCAUGGAUUAUCCGCACAGCUCUCACGUGAAGUCGUGCUUCCAAAACAUGGAGAUCUGCAAGCGCCGGAGCACUUACGACAGCAACAAAUCCCUCUACUCCACCAAUGCAGUCCCCAGUGCUGCAGCCGGAAACCUGACUGUUACCUUCAGUAGCCAGCUCAACCAGCAUAACCAGGUGCCUUCUGCGGGAGGAGCGGUGCCUUUGUUAAAUUAUCAGCCAGCUCUGUACCAGCAGGCGACGAUCAACAUUCCUGGUCUGACUCAACAGAGUGUCCCUAUUCCAACACGUCCUGCUGGGCUAUGUAGCCAGGCAGAACCCUUCCAGCAGACUCUGAUUGUUUGCCCACCUUCCACCAUUCAAGGGCUACAGUCAUCAAGCAAGAGCUCCACUUUCCCUGUGAGGAUGGAUAACUCUGUUCCGAUAGUACCUCAGAACCAGCCUGCCCAGUCCUUGCAGAUCCAGCCCAGCAUGCUCACACAGGGUUCCUGUACACCCCUGAUGGUGGCCACUCUGCACCCACCCUCAUCAGGCAUAGCCUCCCAGUAUUCCCUACCAGUCGGGCUAGGUACAGGGGUGGGUCGGCCUACCCUUUUGGAGCACACAGCCACAGUGCUGCAGGCCUGGCCCACCGGAACUCAACAAAUCCUCAUCCCGUCGUCAUGGCAACAGGUUCCGGGUGUGGCCAUCCACAGCUCUGCUCAUCAGGCAAAUAUUACAGAGUCACCACGGGAUUCCCAUCACCCAGACGCCACCGCUCAGCAAGGACACAACUGGAGGAGCACAGCACAAACCAAAACUCAGCAGGAGAGGAAGAAGGUCAAAGCCAGGCGAGGAGAAAACAGAAACAGGGGUAUCUCCACUGCAUCAGUGCUCAGCGCCAAUGCUGUGACAUCAUCCAGCCUCAUGGCCACUAUGUCACAGCCCAUCGUCAUCUCCGACACCCCCAGCCCGGCAGUCAGCAUCAUCACGAUCCACAGUGACACAGACACUGAAGAUGAACGCAAGUUUCACCCAGCCAACAAUGUUACAUUGGGCCAGCGCACCAAUGUCAUCAGCUGCGUGACCGUGCACGACUCUGACUCGUCGACCGCCAGCCCCUUGACACCGCGUCCCCGCGCACUUAACGCAACCAGCGCCGCUUCGUCACGUCAGGCCAAAUCUCUGGCUGUGGUGGCACCUUCAGUCAAAGUUCAGGCGCCUGAGAGAGGAGCCGCUUCACGAAGCCGCCCAGAGACUGUGAACUACAUGAAACCCAAGAGAGUGUCUCAUCAGCAGCCAAGUAGUUCAGGGGAGAGCCUGGAGCGACACGGACUGAUGCUGAGCCAGUCACGCCCCUUAAACCUCAGCCAGGUCCAGCCCCUGGUGUCUUCAUCUCAGGAGCGUACGGGGGCUACCCACGGUGACUCGUCCUUGCGCCGCCAGCAGACCUUCCCGGUGGCCGCCUCUGCGCCACACUACAACUUCCCCGAGGUGUCGGCCCUGGCCUCGGUCUCGGCCACCGGGCCGGGCCUGUACACGUACCCGGCCUCCACCGCCCUCUCGUCCGCCUCUCAGGUCAUGGAGCAGCUGCUGGGCCGCGGCCACGGCGCCCACGGACACUCCCCCUCUGCCUAUGGAGCCGCGUACGCUUCCUCUUCUUCCUCUUCCUCCUCCAGGAGAGACUCGACCAGCCGCAAGGAGUCGGUUAGCAGUCUGCUACACGGCCUGCCGGCGGUCUACCAACAGCAGUUCGCGGCAGCCUCUCCUUAUGUGAGCGUGACGCCGCGGGCCGAGGCGUACGGUGCCUACCAGCUGAGCCCCAGACGCCUCGCACAGUACCCCUACCUAUAA